CACAUGUGAAAAAGAACAGCCAUAACUCACUUCCUGGUGAUCUUUAGUCACUGAGAUGAUGGUGAUCUAAAAGUUCUGAGACAGUAUUUUUGAAUGUCUUACACUGACUGUAACUGAACAUAUUAACUUUCAAAAACAGAAUAACACACAGACAGAAUGACAGAUAUCAACCAAAAGAUGACAUUACGCAGCAGGAUUCGGGAAGAUUACCUGACAUGCCCGAUAUGUUUCAACAACUUCACAAACCCCAAGGCCUUGCCAUGUAUCCACACAUUCUGCCUGAAAUGCCUGGCCGACUAUGUGGGAGGUGCAUGUGGGGGUGUGGGGAAAUUCCCCUGUCCUGUGUGUAGAACUGAGGUCUUUGUUCCUCAGCAUGGAGUGCAAGGAUUUCCAGACAACCACAUGGUAAACAGUCUAAGUGAUACUGUUGAGGAGGGCAGUCCUGUAAAGCCUGCAGCCCCUCCCCUUCCCUCCCAGGAUAAUACGCAUCAGCUAGGUCAGGGGUACAGGCCUGUCCCUGCUCCCAGGUCUAUAUCUUCAGGAGGCAGAGUUUCACCAAGGGCAAAAUCCCGCACACCAUCCCCUAGACCUUUACCCAGGGGCGUGUCACCAACUUCUUUGCCCCAGGGGGACAAACAAGCUCCUCCAAGACCAGAGAGGCCAAAAAGUGUCAGCCCUACACCUCAAAAUGAGAAGCAACAGCAAACUAGUGAAAACCAGCAUAAUGAUGGUCACAAUAAUGGACAACAGAACAAUGCCCAACCUUCAAGGCAUCACUUAAACGUGGGAGGGAUGCUUUCUGGUGGUUUUAGUGGAGUGGUUGGUGCUGUCGGCAGUGCAAUAUCAGACAUUUCCGCAUACUUGCCAGUUCCCAAAACCACUCAUAGUCAUAAUAGUCAGGCCCCUACCUCUCCAUAUGAGUUUGUUGGCAAACCAAUGGAUGGAAGAAACAGUCCAAAAGACACAAAUCAGCAAAGUAACUUGUACCCUCAAUUGUCCACUGAACACUCUGGGCCCUGCACAAAGGGAAUGUUACUAGAAUUUGGAAAAUAUGGGCCAGAAAUAAACAGCUUUUUAAAGCCAUUUGGGCUUGCAGUUAGUGUUGUAGAUGACUUUGUCAUCUCUGAUAGAGGUGGAAACAGGAUUUUUGUGUUUGACAGUAGAGGUGAGUUGAAGACCAGGUUUAACCUUGACUGCACUGUGAAUGAUGUGGCCCUGACCAAAGACGGAAAUAUCGUAGUUGCUGUGAGUAAAUCAGGUUCUGCAAUCAUGAGACUUUACACGAUGGAGGGGAAGCAACUCCAAGCUAUAGGUCAACAUUUUAAGUUUGACCAGUCCAGUGGAAUAGCAGUGACGCCAUCAAACCACAUUGUAGUCACAAAUCUGGUUGCUGAUAAUGUGCUAGUUUUCACUGAACAGAAAAAGUUUUCAGUGAAGAUCGGCUGGAAGGGCAGGGGCGAUAAACAUUUCAUGCAGCCACAGUUUGUGACCUCAACCAGUAAGGACUACUUCAUUGUCUCUGACACGGGGAAUCAUUGUUUGAAGCUCUACAAUGUUCAAGGUCAGUUCAAGAGAAGCUUUGGUAGCCAUGGUGAUCGGCAUAGCCAACUUGACACACCUUUGGGCAUAGCGUGUGACUCUGAUGAUAAUGUGAUCAUUGCAGACUCAAAUAACAACCGAGUAGAAGUGUUUACAAUUAAGGGAGCGUAUUACACUACACUAGUUCAGAACACCAAUGAAAUAGGCCCAGACGUGAAGCCCAUAAAUGUUGGUGUAACGACAAACAACAAUGUAGCAGUGUUGCUUCACGGGAUGGGUUUUGCCCAAGUUCGAGUCUACAAGUGGCGGGGUGAUAAAAGAGUCGGAUUCUAACAUUUGGUGCUCAGAACUAAAGAUGCAUUUAUUUGGGCAUUUGCAUGCUUAUGUUCUCCUUGGCAGCGAUCAUAUUAGUUGUCACAUUCAUCCACACAAUAUUACACAGUGUACUUCGUGAGACCAACAUUGCAAGUUGUUUUUCAAUUCAUGGGCAGUUUUAACCUUGCUGUUUACAUUCAUGAUUUCCUUUGGAUAUUUUAGGGCAUUCAUAUCUUCAGAGAUUUGCUCAUAUUGUUAUUUUUAUUUAAACUUCUCUAUAUGCAAUAAAUUGUAGUUGUCACAAUGUGCUGGUGCAAAGAAAUCCAGCUUUUCCAUUAAUGUUUUCACACUUAACAACGUACUCUUAUUCCAUAGGGCCAUGCCAAAAUGAUUAUUUUUCAUUAGGCCAUACCAAAACUCAAAAUUGUAGAUCAGUAAGUUUUCAUGGUAAAAUCCAAUAAGUGCUUGUCGGCUCAGACACUAAGAUAUUUUUUCAAGGCACUUUUUUGCCUGCCGGCUAGGUAGUAAGGUUUUGAAAUCAGAACCUGACAUUGAACAUAGAAACAAUAAGGUAUGGCCUUAUAUUGUGUAUGAUAUAUCAUGGUGUGUCCAUGUUUAUAUGUCACCAUUGCGUUUAGUAUCAUGAUCAUGUACAUAUAAAAUUAUACUGAUGUUGAUUCUGUUAACAACUGUUCGCUAACCAUUUUUCUUGAAGUGAUAUUUAAUUAAAUGUAAAUACAAUAUUGAAAAGUGGCGGAAUAGUCAAGCGUGCUGUCUCUGUGACAGCUCACAGAGACAGCUCUUGUUCUUGAAAUGAUAUUUAUUUAAUUAUGUAAAUACAAUUCAAUGCAAUAUUAUUAUACUGUGCCUUUGAUUUUCUGUGAUAAGAUAUACAUACUUGUGUCACAGUUACGGUAAUUAAUGUAUAUUCAUAACCUUAUAAUGCAUUUAUGUGUAGCAUUUCAUGUUUUUACAAAAGCAUAUUAAUUAAGACUCAAAAGUCAAGAAUUCACGCAACAAAUUUGACUAUUGUUACAAGCCAGGUCUGGUAAUAUUGAGAGGGUAUGGUGGAGUUCUUUAAAAAUUCUCUAUAGUAUUGUAAAGGAGUUUUCAGUCUGGUAAUGCCAUGUCGACAAAAGUGCUAAAUUUUGUAUCCGUAUUUAAUCCAUCCAUUUGUGUGCAAUAUAGAACUAUGUACCUACUUGUAUUUAAGUGAACUUUUGAAAUGUAAUCAGAAAGAAAAUUUCUCCACACAUAUUUCUCAUAGUUUUUCAUAUCUUUUUUUAAAAUAAUAUGGUGAACCACCAAGAUUUAUAGUUAUACCCAGUAUAGACAAAAUUUUAAUGCUUACGUCCAAAAAUGUUAGAGGUUUGUUUAAUGAACUAACAAGUUUUAAGAUUGUUUAGUUAGUUUUCUUUGUCUGUUAACAUAAAA